AUGUCUCAAACACAGGAACAUGAGUACAAGUACGACUGUACCCCGGCUAGGCCGCUGCCAGUACCAGUGCCUGCACCACCACUGGCAUCGGGGAAAUUCGAUACUGGGCACGAAGACGAGGGUUACGGUUACGGCUACGGGAUUGGUUCGAAGGAUAUCCCGUUGGAGAAUCGGAAGAUGGGGAAGUGGUAUGGACCGUCUUUGAGAGGGGAACUUCCUCCUCCUCCUCUUCCUCUCCAACGAGAACAAGAUCAGGGAAACCAGGGGACGAAUUUCAGGCUGGAAGCUGUGCCUCGAGUAUCGUCAACUUCAACACUCUCACCGCGCCAUACGAGCGAGACCGUGAGUACCGGUACUUCCGGUCUGGAAUCUACUUUUACCUCAACUGCUGCUAACUCGACGAAUUCAUCAACGUCAACUCCACGUUUGAAGGGUGUAAGGAUGGGAAGAAGGCGGAAGGGAAGUCACGGGGACGAAGAGGAGGGUGGCGAAGCUGGACAGGGAGGUGAUGGGAAUGGGAGUGAGCAGGUUCAUGAGGAGUAUCAUACGGAUCAUGGACCAAUUGUGAGGGAUAUUAUCAUUGGAGGCGCGGAUGGACUUACGGUUCCGUUUGCGUUGACGGCAGGGUUGAGUUCUCUCGGCUCAACCAAGCUCGUCAUCAUCGGCGGCCUUGCCGAACUCUUCAGCGGCGCUAUCAGCAUGGGUCUGGGCGCCUACCUCGCUGCCGUGACGGAACGCGAUCACUACCUUUGUGAAGAGCAGCGCGAGAGAGACGAGGUGCGGAAUAUGCCGGAGCAGGAGAAGGAGGAGUGUUAUGUGGUUUUGGAGAGGUAUGGAGUGGCGAGGGAGACGCUGGGUCCGGUUGUGGAUGCGUUGGCGAGGAGUGAGGAGAGGUGGGUGCAGUUCAUGAUGGAUUUUGAGUUGAGACUGGAGAAGCCGAAUGUUUCGAGGGCAUGGAUCUCGGGUGCUACGAUGGGCCUGUCGUAUUUCGUUGGCGGUCUCAUCCCCAUGAUCCCCUACUUCAUCAUGUCAAACGUCACCCAUGCGCUCUUCGUCUCCAUCGCCGUUACGAUCGUUGUGCUCAUCCUAUUUGGCUUCGCAAAGAAUUAUAUCAUGAUGAGGACUACGAGGGCGGGAUUCUAUGGCGCGGCGCAGACGCUGGUUAUUGGUGUUUUGGCGGCGGGGACGAGUUAUGGGAUUGUGAGGGCGAUUGAUGAGAAGGGUGGGAGAAUUGGGGUGGUUUGA